AUGUCUUUAGAAGAAGCGAAACAAUUCGCCGCACACCGGGCAGUUGACGAGUAUGUAAAGAAAGAUUGUAUUUUUGGUGUCGGUAGUGGGUCUACAGUCGUUUACGCCGUUCAACGACUGGCUGAACGCGUCGAGACUGAAAAGUUGAAGGUGACCUGCAUUCCCACAUCGUUUCAAGCUAAACAGCUGAUCAUCAAACAUAAGCUUACAUUGGGCGAGCUGGAGACACAUCCAGUGAUUGAUGUCACUAUCGAUGGAGCUGAUGAGGUAGACGCGGACAUGACGUUGAUAAAGGGUGGUGGUGGUUGCUUACUACAAGAAAAGAUUGUAGCCUCUUGCUCAAAGAAACUCAUCGUUAUAGCCGACUACACUAAAGAUUCUGUGAAAUUAGGAGAUAGAUAUAAAAAAGGUAUUCCAAUAGAAGUUGUACCAAUGGCAUAUGUUCCUAUUCAAAAUAAGAUACAGGCUCUGUAUGGAGGAGAAGUGAAGUUACGCAAAGCUGUUGCUAAAGCGGGGCCCGUGGUGACUGACAAUGGUAACUUCAUCCUUGAUUGGAUAUUCACCAACCAGGACUUACGAUGGGACAAAGUCAAUAGCAUUAUAAAAAUGAUUCCUGGUGUGGUUGAAACAGGUUUGUUUGUAAAUAUGUGUGAGAAAGCUUAUUUUGGGCAGCCUGAAGGCAGUGUAAUAGAGAGAUUUGGUGUGCAUCCUUAA